GCAGGAUGAAGACUCCAAUGCUGGAGGCGGUGUCUCUACUGCUGGAGAAGCUACUCUUCAUCUCCAGCUUCAAGCUCUUCAGUUCCGGCGUCCCGGGGGAAGAAAAGGCGAGGAAGAAUUUGUAUGAGAUCAGCUCUUUCCUCCGCGGGGACGUGCUGGAGGUGCCCCGGACCCACCUGACCCAUUAUGGCAUCUACCUGGGAGACAACCGUGUCGCCCACAUGAUGCCCGACAUCCUGUUGGCCUUGACCGACGACAAGGAGCUCACGCAGAAGGUGGUCUCUAACAAGCGUCUCAUCCUGGGUGUCAUUGGCAGGGUGGCCAGUAUCCGCGUGGAUACAGUGGAGGACUUUGCCUACGGAGCCGAAAUCCUGGUCAAUCACCUGGACAAGUCUCUCAAGAAAAAGGCGCUGCUCAACGAAGAGGUGGCGCGGCGGGCAGAGAAGCUGCUGGGCUUCACUUCCUACAGCCUAUUGUGGAACAACUGCGAGCACUUCGUGACCUACUGCAGAUUUGGCGCGCCCAUCAGCCCCCAGGCCGAUAAGUUUUGUGAGAAUGUGAAGAUAAUUAUUCGUGACCAGAGAAGUGUUCUUGCUUCCGCAGUCUUGGGACUGGCGUCUAUCGUCUGUCUGGGCCUGGCAUCCUAUACAACACUUCCUGCGAUUUUUAUUCCAUUCUGCUUAUGGAUGGCUGGGUAACUUCAUAUUCCUGUGUCAGUGUGUGGAUUCUCUGUGUAUAUAUGUUUCUAUUUAUAGUGCACAAAUCAGUAUAAGCAUUGUCGAGAAAAAUGUGACCUGUUACACUGUGUUCCAGAUAAAAUGUGAUUAAGAAUCACGCCAAGUGCUUACUAUGUAAGCCCAAGAAAAAAGACAUUCUGAGUCCUCGCAGGCAGUUCCAUUUUAUAGCAGUGUGGCAACCCUGGGAACAGGAGAACUGGUGAUAAAAUUCAUCAUUACACACAACCAGCCCCUAGGAUGAUGCCACAGGAGAUUAUGUGUGUUUUUCUUUUCUCCUGUAAUUGCUACUCUUUCUUGGGCUUGAAUUUGAAUAUCAGAUUAUUAGCAAAUGAGAUUACUAAAAUUUUAUUUUAAAUGUAUCCUGUUAUAUUGAAAAAUUAUACUGAAAGAAGUUCCCUCUUUCAGACAAAAACAUGUUUC